AUGAGAAUACAUACUGGUGAUAAACCUUUUCGAUGUGAUGUAUGCAACAUAGAAUUUGAAAAUAGUAAAGACUUACAGAACCACAGAAGAACACAUACUUGUCGUGAUUUUGAUGAACCUCAACAAUCCAAGACAUGUGGUAAAGAGUUUAAAACCCCUCAUAACUCAGAGAGACACAGAAAAAAUACUUGCAGUAAACCUUAUAAACAUGACAAAUUUGACGAGGAAAUCUUACAGAAUAAGAACUCAGGAACACAUACUUUGGAAAAGCCAGGAACACAUACUUUGGAAAAGCAAUUUGAAUGUGUCGUGUGUAUGAAUAGAAGCUUUACUAGUUCAAAAUGUUUAGAGGUACAUUUGUUGACACAUAUAUAUCCUUAUAUAUGUGGUAUAUGUGAUACAAGAUUUUUUGAGAGUACUGACUUAGAAAGACACAUGAGCAUACACGCUGGUGACAAACCUUUUAAACGUGAUGUAUGUUCUGAAGGGUUUUGUCAGAAUCAGGCUCUUAAUGUACACAUGAGAAAACAUACUGCUGAAAAACCUUUUGGAUGUGAUGUAUGUUCUAAAAGAUUUCGCCUCAAUCAGCAUCUUCAGGUACACAUGAGAAUACAUACUGGUGAUAAAUCUUUUCAAUGUGAUAUAUGUUCUAAAAGAUUUCGUCUGAAUCAGCAUCUUAAGGUACACAUGAAUACACAUAUUGGUGAUAAACCUUUUCGAUGUAAAGUAUGCUCUAACAGAUUUCGUGUGAAUCAGGCUCUUAAGGUACACACGAGUACACAUACUGGUGAUAAAUGUUUUCGAUGUGAUGAAUGUUCUAAAAGGUUUUGUACGAGUCAGGCUCUUCAGAGUCACAUGAGAAUACAUACUGGUGAAAAACCUUUUCGAUGUGAUGUAUGUUCUAAAAGGUUUAAUGAGAAUCAGUCUCUUAAGCUACACAUGAGAACACAUACCGGUGAUAAACCUUUUCGAUGUGAUGUAUGUUCUAAAAGUUUUCGACUGAAUCAAGCUCUUAAGGUUCACAUGAGAAUACAUACUGGUGAUAAACCUUUUCGAUGUGAUGUAUGUUCUAAAGGGUUUCGACUGAAUUACGAUCUUAAUAUUCACAUGAGAAUACAUACUGGUGAUAAACCUUUUGGAUGUGAUGUAUGUUCUAAAAGAUUUCGUGUGCAUCAGGCUCUUAAGGUACACAUGAGAAUACAUACUGGUGAUAAACCUUUUGGAUGUGAUUUAUGUUCUAAAAGAUUUCGUAUGCAUCAGGCUCUUAGGAUACACAUGAGAAUACAUACUGGUGAUAAACCUUUUCAAUGUGAUGUAUGUUCUAAAAGGUUUGGUCAGAAUCACGCUCUUCUGAGUCACGAUCUUCAGAGUCACAUGAGAAUACAUGCUGGUGAUUUUUAUGUGAUGUACAAUGUAUAAAAUAAAGAUAUUAAAUUGAGUCGUGACCUACAGAGCAACAGAAGAAACCAAACUUGUCAUGAAUGUGAUAAACUUUAUAAAUCUAUAAAUUAGUAACUCUUGUACAAUGUUUUUAUAUGACAACUUUGACAAUUAGUUAAAAAAAGAAAAAGAAAUUGGGAAAACAGACUUUAAAGAUAUGUAUUAAUAGAAACUUCACUACAACAAUUUAUUUUAGAACCUUGAGUCGGGAAUUAGUACAUCUAUCAGAUAAAUGUAUGAUAAAAAGCCAAAGAAAAAACACCAUGGAUAGACAAUGAAUAUCUUGAUAAAACUUUCCAGACUUAAGUUAUCUCCCUUUGACCAAACAUUGAAUUUUUUUUUUUUACUAUUUGAAAAAGGCCAACAAGUUUAAGAGGAAACAAUAUAAACAAAAUAUAUUAAAAAAACUUAAAAACUUUCUCCAGAAGAAAGUACAGAAUUUUGGAAUAUUAUAAAAGGCUGGGAAAUCAAUGUAAUUCAUUGUAACCAAGGUCACAAUAAAGUAGUUUCAUUGUUGUGUAGUAAGGGAGAUAACCUGUAAAUUUUUUGUAAUAACUAAGAUAUAUAUACAUGUAUGAUAACAUAUGGGACUUAACCAUGUUAACUCAGCCAUGGCAUUAGUGAUGAUAAUUGUUCACUGUAUUGUUGUUUACAUAAUUUCGUUCUAUUUGUAAACCGAUAUAUGUAUAAGUUCAUUUGUAAUUGUCAUGUGAUGAAAGUCUAGUGUCAAUAAAAAUUACUUACAAUGUAA